UAACAAUUUUGAAACCUAUUUUUAAAUAGUUUGGACACGCUUAGACACAUUUUUGGCUUGUUAUAAAUAUCCUUAGAAUGGUGACUUCAGUAUUUUUCUAUUAUGUAUUUAUGUUCUUGUUAAACUUGUAUUGUGUAAAAUCUGCUGAUACACAGUAUAUGAAGACAUCGAUUCGGAAUUAUUUUUCUAAUACCAGACAUCACGAUCCUAAAUACAAAGACUAUAAAUAUGCAGCCAAAGAAUAUAUUUUUCGAGAAUUCUUAAGAUAUGGACUUCGAACGCAAUAUCAUACAUUCAAUGAGUCUUCUGUAUCAAGAAUUGAUUAUUUCCAAUCAGUUAUUGGUAUAUCAAGAGGCAUUAACUUUGGAACAGCAAAAGACCGGAUUAUUGGACUAGGUGCACAUUAUGAUACAGUUAACGAAACCAAAGGAGUUGAUGAUAAUGGAGCAGGAGUUGCAGCCAUGUUGGAAGUUGUCAGACAAUUGACUGAUAGGAAUAGGAAUGGUGUCAAAAGGGAAAAUACAAUGAUUUUUGUAGCGUUUGAUUUGGAAGAAGAUGGAUAUUGUGACCCAUCGCCAAGUUGCAAACUUCCUCAUAUGCCAUUGGCUGGAAGCAGACAUUUUGUCCAGAAAUGGCUACCUGCAUGGUUACGUAUAAAUUAUGGCAAUAAUAUACCGACAGGAAUGCAUGGUGUAAUUAUAUUGGACACUAUGAUGGAAUAUAACACCUCGGCCAGAUCUCAGAUGAUUCCACCAGAUAUUAUACCCCAGUUUCAAGCAGCAUUUCCAAAAGCCUAUGCAAGUAUAUCUUCUGACAAUUUUCAAGGAGACUUUCUUAAUUUGAUAUACCGAAAACCAACUAACGAUUCAUACUUAGCUGAAGAAUUUCUAACGUCUUGGAGAGAGCUGGGGAAACCGCAAUAUGAAAUUGAAUCUCUUCCUCUAACGUUUACAAAGUUUAGUGAAAUACCAUCUUACCUACAAGAUGUCAUGAUUAACUUCAUACGUAGUGAUCAUGGGAACUUUUGGGAAAGUGAUCUAAAUGAGAAAGGAUUACCAGCCAUCUGGUUGACGGACUCAGCCAAUUUUCGGGGUGAUAUGAUACAAUGUUAUCAUCAUGAAUGUGAUAACUUGCAAGUUAUGCUGACCGAUGAAAAUAUCAAUUUCCUUGGGAAAACUGCUGAUGCUAUCGUUACGACGAUGCACAAACUUUCAGGACCAUCGGGAUCCGGAAUAAAAGAUGAUUCUUCCCAUAAAGGUAUCAGUGCAGGCGGCAUUUUUGGAAUAAUAAUAGCAGUUAUAGUACUACAGAUUCCUUUAAUUGUGGCAUGCAUAAUGUGGAGGAGAAAUAAGUCAAAUAAUGAACAGAAGAAUUCAACUGAAUUUGAAAAUCCUUCUUAUGGAAACAAUCAAUAAGACAGAUGUGUCCGGGCAUAACUUUGUAUUACAAAAAAAACUGUGAAUGAUUAGGAAUUCCUAUAAACUAACUUUUUAUAUAUAUCUAACUCCCUAGAUCUAUGUUUAUAGUUGAUGUUUUUCCCUCGGUUUUGGCUUGUAACCCGGCUUUGUUUUCUCUAAUUAGAUUUAUGACUUUUGAACAGCGGUAGGCUAUACUACUGUUGCAUUUAGAUUUUUUAGUCAUUUUAGAAUGACUAGGUAUGGUUUAAUUGAUAUAUCCUAUAAAUUGUAUAAUACCUUUUACCGAGGCCAAGUUUUUAUAACCCCUGUAUGUGAGAGCACUACUGUGGAUUCAAUAUUACUCGUUAAAUACUAUUUUUCGUUGAUUUCAUGGGUAAAGAUAAACCAAGUAGUUCAAUAUUCAUCGAAAUACAAAUAUUCUAAAGGCAUGUGUUCAGACUUCUUCACAAUACCACAAAACACAUAAAAACGAGAGAGAAAAAAAAAUUCCCAAAAUCUACGAAAAUUGGUACACACGAAAUAGAUAUUAAUCCACAAAAAUAAGUUUAAUCUGAUUUUAUUUAAACGAAAGCAUAUUGUUGGGUCAUGAAAGAGGGUGUGUUAUAGUAUGUGUGUGUUCAAUAUUGUGUCGAUGUGCAUUAUAAAACAAAGUAUGCAAAUUAGUUUUGACUUCUCAUGAAAGAUUAUGUGUGUGUGUGUGUGACAAGAUGAGUAUCGCAAUAAAUAGAACUAGCAUUUUGAUAUCUAAAACAUAGACCUGAUAAGAUUAUUCUGAAAUAACAAUAAUAAACUCGCAUUCUUGUCCUUUUUUUGUAAAAUCGCAAUAAUAAAGGCACGCAUUAAUUUCUGAAUUCAACCCAAAAGUUUAAACAUCUUCUGCAAGGUCACUUUAUUUGUUUUAGUUAAACAUUUAAAAUAUGUCGAGAUCCGCAAACAUAAAUAUAUAAACAAAUGUUUAUGAGCACUGUGUGAAUUGUUUCAGUUAAUUUAAGUUGUGUUGUGUUUUGUGUACGAUUGUUUGUCGGUUUGUCAUUUUCUUUUUUAGCCAUGGCGUUGUCAGUUUAUUUUUGAUCUAUCAGUUUGAAUGUCCCUUUUGGUAUCUUUCGCCCAUCUCUGAACACAGGAUUAUUAAAUCAAGUCAAUAACAUGUAUAAUAAUUUUGACAGUGUUACACAUAGAAAACGGCAAAGAUAUGAUCCGUAUUGUCUAGUGUUCAAUUAUUCUAAAGUGAGAAAAAGAUAUUUUUACCUCUGAAA